AAAAGAACGUCAUUGUCAAAGUGUCAUAGUCAUUCUUCUUUUGAAAGAAUAACUUGUUGUAAACGACAGUUUUGAAGAUAAAAAAUGAAUAUAAUUGUUAAUUAAUAUGUUUUGGAAAGUGAUUACUUGCCUACUAUUGUGGAGAGUGUUAGCAUUUUGUGAAGAAAUUAUCUGUGAAAAGUAUGAGAAUUCAACCUUAGAGAAUCAUGAAAUAUCAACUCAACUUGAUGGUGGCGUUGAGAAUGUUGUAACUAAUAUAACAAAUAUAAAUACAAACCACACACAAGAUCAAGAAGGAACUACCGCAAACGCUGAAGAUACAAACAAGACCCAAAAAUGUGUCCCAUGUUUACCAGGGGUGUUCGACAGGGUUGUUCAAAUCACAAAUGACACAGAGCUCAUCAAGAUAUUACAGCCUGAUACUAAAAUCACGGAUAGAGAAACUCCUGCUCUGUGUGUUCUAGUUUUAUUUUACUCUAAAUAUUGUCCUUUCUCAAGCAUGGCUGCCCCACACUUCAAUGCCUUGCCUAGGGCUUUUCCAGACAUCAAAAUGGUAGCGAUCAAUGCUAUGAUCUAUCACCUUUUUAACACACAGAAUGGCAUUGUUGGUGUCCCAUCUUUGAUGUUAUUCCACAAUGGAAAAUCAGUUGCUAAAUUCAACCGGUCUGAGUAUACAUUAGAGAUAUUCUCGGAAUUUGUCACUAAGCAUACCUGCAUACCAGCUGUUGAAAAGUCUAUAGUAACCUCAGCUGAUUUUGCUGGGCCAGUUGUAAGCCAACCUUCCAAAGACUCUGAUUUCUUUUUGAUCCUAUCAUGGGUAUUCAUUAUGUUAUGUAGUACCUUCUAUUUUACUAAGUCUAAAUGGUGGAAAUGGAUUGUUGAAACUGUGCAAAGGAAUUGGAGAGAGUCUGAGGCGCAACUUCAACAUGAACAUACAGAUUAGUGACCAGUAUGUCCCAAAGUUUUGUAAAUUAGAAUUUGGUUACAAGUACUCCACUACCUUGGAAGGCUAAUUAGAGGUUUAAAUGUGCAACAAUUUCCUGACAGACCUAGAUGUUUUUGCAGUAGAUUAAGUCAGUUCAAGCCUUGCAGCAUUAUAUCACUAACUAAUUUAGGCGACUACAUGGGACAGUACUGAUAGAAGCGUCUUGAUAGUUUGAACAUUAUGACAAGUUCUUUCCACAAUUAUUUUAUCUGUAAUCAUGCACUUAUUAUUAAACAUAAUUUAUAAUAAAAUAUGACAAAGUUUGUUAUUCAACCCAAUGUUUUUUUUAGGAUUCCCUAUUCUGAAUUUAAACUAUCUAGUUUUUUUAAUAAAUUGAGUUCUAAGGUUCAUGACAUUAAUAUCAUUUCUGUUCUGUUGUAUGGAUAUUGUGAAUAUAGGUGUGAAGUAACAUGUACUGCUUAUAAGACACUUUAAGCAUAUAUUAUUUAUUUUAACAGAAGAGUUGCAAUGGAAACCAAUGUGAUCCUUAAAAGUUAUGUAAUAUAAACCUAUUUAUUAUGUUAUGUUUUCAAUUCAGUUAGUAAAGGAUCUCCUUUAAAUGCAGCAACAAUA